UAGCUGAUAUGGUUGCUGUGGCUCACAUGAUGAAUGCUACUUUGGUGAUUCCUCAGUUGGACAAGCGUUCGUUCUGGCAAGAUUCAAGUAUUUUCUCAGAUAUAUUUGAUGAACACAAUUUCAUCCAAAUGUUACAAGGAGAUGUCAGGAUUAUUAGAGAGCUUCCACAAGAAUUAGAAUCUGUUCAUCGAGCCAGGAAGCACUUCACAUCCUGGUCUGGUAUGGGCUAUUAUACUGAGAUGAAGCAAUUAUGGAAGGAAAAUCAGGUCAUUCAUGUCGCUAAAUCUGAUUCUCGACUUGCAAACAAUGAUUUGCCUCUUGAUAUUCAGAGAUUAAGAUGUCGUGCUUUAUAUCAUGCUCUUCGCUUCUCUCCUCCUAUUGAGAGCCUUGGAAAGAAGCUUGUGGAGCGGCUGCGAUUACGAGCGCCAAGAUACAUUGCACUUCAUUUGCGGUAUGAAAAAGACAUGCUGGCUUUUACUGGCUGUACAUAUGGUCUUACUGAUGAAGAAGCCGAGGAGCUUAAAGUGAUGAGGGAGAAUACAAAUCAUUGGAAGAUCAAGAACAUCAAUUCCACUGAACAGAGAAUUGGUGGUUUCUGUCCUCUUACGCCCAAGGAGGUUGGAAUAUUUCUUCAAGCUCUUGGUUAUCCCAAGUCAACAUUGAUUUAUAUUGCUGCGGGAGAAAUCUAUGGUGGUAGCAGUCAUCUUUUAGAGCUUACAUCUCGCUUUCCAAAUGUAGUUUCAACGGAAAUGCUUGCAACCUCUGAAGAACUGAGCGAAUUUGCCAAACAUGCAUCACAAAGUGCAGCACUUGACUAUAUUAUUUCUGUUGAGAGUGAUGUUUUCAUUCCAUCACAUUCUGGUAAUAUGGCAAGAACAGUUGAGGGGCAUCGUAGAUUCUUAGGCCACCGGAAGACAAUCACCCCUGACAGGAAAGGCCUGGUUGAAAUAUUUGAUCGGCUGGAAGCUGGAGAGCUUAAAGAAGGGCAAUCAUUAUCGCAUCUAGUGAACAAAUUGCACAACAACAGGCAAGGCGCUCCUAGAGAUAGAGAAGGCGCCCCUGAAGGAAUCAAAGGGCGAGCACGGUUCAGGAUGGAAGAACCUUUUUACCAAAAUCCAUACCCUGAAUGUAUAUGUCGUCCAAAGAGAACUCCAAGAUGAGGCAUAGAUUUCCAGCCUGCCAGUUUUCCUUCUUUGCUAGUGAAAACAGUGGUGUGAAUCUUGUAAUCUGGGAUAUAUUCUUUAUAAUGCACUUGUGAAGUUAAAUCAGAGUCCCAAGUGCAAUGAAUUUUCUUCAAAAAAUAAUGUUCAUUAAUGUAUUCAUCAAGACUUUUGUAA